GGCCCACGUUCUUGACGCACUCUUGCUGGUGGGUGAAUUCAGCUUUCAUUUGCGCCUUUCCAUCUCUUGCGCCCUCCUCUCAAACUCCCGCAUACUCACAUCCUUGACCAUGUACCAUCCAAAGGCCCUUAUAAUCGCUCUUCUUUUCUCACUGUCCCUCAUUCUCGCCGCAAAAUCAGCCGAGCAGCUUCAGAUCGGUGUCAAGUAUGUGCCUGAAGAGUGUCCAGUCAAGUCCCGCAAAGGUGACAGGCUUUCCAUGCACUACACUGGGACCCUUGCUAAGGAUGGCUCCAAAUUUGACAGUUCUUUAGACAGAAACAGGCCCUUUGAGUUCACGCUCGGAGCUGGGCAAGUCAUUAAGGGCUGGGAUCAAGGCCUUCUUGAUAUGUGCAUCUCUGAAAAGCGCAAGUUGACCAUUCCUUCUCAUCUCGCAUACGGUGAACGUGGCCACCCUCCUGUCAUUCCUCCCCAAAGUACUCUCGUCUUCGAAGUGGAGCUGUUGGGUAUCAAGAACCGUCAUGUCGACGAACUUUAAAUCAUUCAUUCAUAUUGAGAAUCAUAACUAUGCAUUUUCAGCUGAGGGAACAGC